CAAAACUGCUUCAUAUAAGGAGUUAGUUAAGUAAAAGUAAACAAGCACAAUGGGUGAUUAUCCGGAUCCUGAUGAAGAAUAUGAGCUCAUGUAUUCAGACGAGCUCGAUUUAUUACGUGACAUGGAUGAAAAUUCAGAUUCGAAUCCGGUUCGAAAAAAAUUGUUGCCCGCAAAGAGAAGCUUAGAUUUUUCAAGUCCUAUUGCCAAUAAGAUUCCAGUUGUUAAUGAAACAUGUAACACUAAUGCUCCCAGCAAUGAACAUGUUUCAAUCAGCUUAACUCCAAGCUUAACAGCUUUAGAUGACGUCCUUUCUCCAAACGUCUCCAACAAGAGAACAGUUGAGGAUUUAUUUGGUGAUAUUAAUGAUAUUGAUUUUGAUAAUAUACAAUUGCCGAGUAAAAGACAGAAAACCGAGGAAGAAAGUGACAUGGAGCUAAUAGAUAAAAUAAUUGAAAGUAGAAAACUGAGACAAAUACUAGCUGAGCCAACUUCUAGAGGUAUAGCUGAUAGUGGUCCAGACUAUGAUAUAAAUGAGAAUCUGACUACCAAUGUUCCAACCUGGCCUUUUAUGUCCUUUACAACCUGGAAUGGUGAUCGUGUUUAUGUAAGAUUGGAGUGUGAAGAUUUAUGGGAAAAGUCAUUGGAUGCUGUAACCAACCAGCUAUCACUGAAAACAACAUAUGCAUCUGUUUGGGCAGAAGCUAGAAAAAUUCUAGAAACAAAGAAACAGCAGCAGGAAACACCCAACGAUUCUGAGGAAAUAAUUACGAAUAAAAAUGUAAAUGAAUUAUGGGUAGAGAAGUACAAGCCAAAAUCAUAUGUGGACUUGUUGUCUGAUGAACCAGUUAAUCGGACUGUGCUACAUUGGCUGCACUUGUGGGAUAAGGUGGUAUUCAAGAAGGAUGUGAAAACAAAAGAACCACAUCAACGUAAUGCAUUCAGCAAGCGUACAGGACAGUUUCAAUUAAGUAACAAAUGGAAGGGUAAAAAAGAAGAUGAACCAGAAUUAGAUGAUGAUGGUCGUCCGCAUCACAAAGUGGUACUGUUGUGUGGACCUCCAGGUGUUGGGAAGACGACACUGGCACAUCUUCUGGCUAAAUUGGCAGGUUACAGACCAGUUGAACUAAACGCAUCAGACGAAAGGAGUACAGAAGCCUUCCAGACAGCGUUACAGAGCGCCACACUGAUGCAGUCGGUCUUAGAUAGGGAGAGAAGACCUAACUGUCUUGUGUUAGAUGAAAUCGACGGCGCUCCGAUACAAACCGUGGAGUUGCUAGUGAAGUGGUGUACCACUAGCGUAAAGAAGGAGGAAGGCAAGAAGAAAAACAAGACGCAGCCCCUAAAGAGACCCGUUAUUGCGAUCUGCAACGAUUUGUAUGCUACUUCGUUAAGACCUCUGAGGGCGUGUGCGCUGGUGGUGGCGGUGCGCGGCGCGGGCGCGGCGCGCGUGUGCGCGCGGCUGCGGCGCGUGGCGCGCGCGGAGGGCGUGCGCGUGUCGGCGCGCGCGCUGGCGGCGCUGGGCGCGCGCGCCGGCGGGGACGUGCGCGCCGCGCUGCAGCUGCUCGCCUUCCUCGAGGGCCGCUUCGAUGGGACGAUAAAUAUAGAAGACGUAGAGAACGCAGCGAUCGGCACCAGAGACAAUACUACGAGCAUGAUGCAAGCGCUGCAAGCAAUUUUUACCAUAAACGAUAACAACCCUAAUUCUAUUCUGAAAACUAUUCAAGCAGCGGGAGAAUAUGAUAGAAUAAUAGAAGGAAUAUUCGAGAACUAUCUCGCAGCGAGAGUGGACUCGAGACUGCUCAUCGCUUGCGAGACGACAUCGUGGCUGCGACUGUACGACGCCAUCAACACCUGGAUCCAGCGAAACCAGAACUACUCGAUGUACUCCUUCCUACCGCUCUGCAUAGCGAGGUGUCACGGUUUGUUGGCUUCGAGGCAGACGACGAAAGUGAAAUUUCCCCUUCAGGCGCAGGAGACGUCGCGGCGGCGCGCGGAGCUGGAGAGCGCAGUGUGCGGCGUGCGCGCGGCGCGGGCGGACGUGUCGCGCCUGGCGCUGCGCCUCGACCUGCUGCCGCUGCUGCCCUACGUGCUGUCCCCUGCGCUGCGCUCCGCCAACGUGCAGCUGUGCAGCGAAUCCGAGCGCAAGUCGCUGCGCACGUGUGCGGGCGCCAUGUGCGACUACGGCCUGCGCUACACGCAGCAGCGGACGCUCGAGGGCCUGUACGCCUUCGUGCUGGAGCCGGAUAUAUAUAAAGUUGCUUUCUUUGGUACCGAAGAGAGGAUAAGACCGCCCCCCGCCAUCCGACAAGCGAUCGCUCGCGAACAACAACUUGAAGUUAUAAGGAGAAACGAAAAUAUGAUGAACCGGAUGGGCAAUAAAACUCAAAGUUCCGAAGUUAAACAGAAGACUGACAAACGGGCUGCGAAUAGAGACGCUGCCCAGCUACCGAAUCACCUGCAAAGGCUACAGCCGAAAGUCAUCGAGAAGAAAACUACUACGCAAGUUCAUAAGGACUUCUUCGGGCGUAUUGUUCCUAUAUCUCAAGUACAUAAGCAAGAUGCUGUAUCCGAUGUCAUAUCUUCAAGCGACGUUUUCUACCAGUAUAGAGAAGGAUUCAACAACGCGGUGCGACGCAAUGUCCGUCUUCGUGACUUAUUAUAACAUAUUAUAUUUGUCAAAAAAUAUAUUUAGUAUAU